ACGCUAACAGGCCAGCGUUUCAAAACGAGGAAAAGAGAUGAAAAGGAGAGAUUUGACCCUACUCAGUUUCAAGAAAGUAUCGUACAAGGCUUGAAUCAAACUGGCUCUGAUUUGGAAGCGGUCGCGAAGUUCCUUGAUGCCUCUGGCGCCAAGCUUGACUACCGCCGGUAUGCAGAGACGCUCUUUGACAUCCUGGUGGCCGGCGGAAUGCUGGCCCCGGGCGGGACUCUAUCGGACGACAUGACCCGCACCGAGUUCUGCCUCUUCACGGCACAAGAAGACCUGGAGACAAUGCAAGCAUAUGCUCAGGUUUUUAACAAGCUGAUCAGGCGUUACAAGUACCUGGAAAAGGGUUUCGAGGAGGAGAUCAAGAAGUUGCUGCUGUUUCUAAAGGGAUUCACUGAGUCUGAGCGCAACAAACUGGCCAUGCUGACCGGAAUCCUGCUGGCCAAUGGCAACAUAUCAGCCUCUAUCCUGAACAGCCUCUUCAAUGAGAACCUCGUCAAAGAGGGAGUGUCUGCAGCCUUCGCUGUCAAGCUGUUCAAGUCAUGGAUCAAUGAGAAGGACAUCAACUCAGUUGCUGGCAGUCUCCGCAAAGUUGGCAUGGACAACAGGCUGAUGGAACUCUUUCCUGCCAACAAACGGAGCUGCGAGCAUUUUUCUAAGUACUUCACCGACGCCGGGCUGAAGGAACUGUCCGACUUCGCCCGCAACCAGCAAUCUAUUGGUGCCCGCAAGGAGCUGCAGAAGGAGCUCCAGGAGCAGAUGGCCCGCGGUGACCCUCAGAAGGAGAUUAUCACCUUCACCAAAGAGGAGAUGAAAAAGGCCAACCUCUCUGAGCAGGCCAUGAUCAGCAUCAUCUGGACCAGCGUGAUGAGCUGCGUGGAGUGGAACAAGAAGGAAGAGCUGGUGACCGAACAAGCCAUCAAACACUUGAAGCAAUACAGCCUUCUGCUGAAAGCCUUCACCUCCCAGGGUCUGUCCGAGCUCAGCCUGCUGCUGAAGAUCCAGGAGUACUGCUACGACAACAUCCACUUCAUGAAGGCCUUUCAGAAGAUCGUGGUGCUCCUCUACAAAGCGGAUGUAUUGAGCGAAGAGGCCAUACUGAAGUGGUACACUGAAACCCACCUUGCCAAGGGGAAGAGCGUCUUCCUUGAACAGAUGAAAAAAUUUGUCGAGUGGCUGAAGAACGCUGAGGAAGAGUCUGAAUCAGAGGAAGAGGAAACGGACUAAAACUUCCACAACCAUAUUUUUUUUUUUCUUUCAUUUUUUUUUUUUUUUUAAGUAGCAACAGGAGCAGUAAAAUGUCUUUCUCCCCUUCUUUCUCUUCUACCUUCUGUUACUACUUUAUCCUUUAAACGCACACUCUGUUCCACCACUCCAAAACAUUUAAACAUUAAUUUAAAUUUAACAAGAUAAAAAGAGCUCAGUCGGUAAUAUGUUGAGGUAUUACGCCUCACAGUGGAAGUGGGAAACGAUGAAUACCCCCCUUUUUUCUUUUAUUUUCUACAUCUUGGUAUUAUUAUUGUUGUAAUGCCUGUAAUUUGGAUACAAAACAUUCCAUGUGAUCUCAAUGGCUUCUUGUAUGAAUCUGAACCAGGAUUUGUUAAAUAUUCUUGCCAUGCAACAACGAGGCCGACAAAAAAUAUUAAUGCGAUUUUUGCCGAAGUUUUUUUUUAUUUUUUUUUAAAUAAAUCUCCCCUUAACUUUAUAUUUUGCCCAGCUCAUGUUUUGGCUCCUGUUGGGUCUUAAACCUCGCCUUCUCUCUUGACUUUUGGGUAAACCUGUACCACGUGUCGAGGUCGUUCUGGUCAGUCCGUCAGAAGACGCGUGCCCCCCCCACCCCUGUAAGAUGCCUCGCCAGCUAACUGAUUAUUAUUAGUUUCUACUUUCUUUAAUCUGAUAUAAACCGAUUGACUUUUUUAUGAAAUAAAGAUUAUUGAAAUGCC